AUGACCCCACCUGCCCGUCGCCCCGGCCUCGGGAUGUUGUUGCGCCGCAGCAAGAGCAGCGAACUAAAGAAGCAGCGCUCCAAGGAGCAGGAGCGCCAGCAAAAUGCCAUCCCCAACUCGCCCCCGCGCCUGCCGGUGCUCUACAACGGGGCACCCGCGCCCCAGCUCGGCCUAGGCGAUCGUCCUGAUUCUCUCGCUAUCGUCUCUGGCAGAAUCGAUCCAACUCAGAUGAACAGAGUCGCCGAACCGCGCCCGUCCAUGGAACCCCCGCGAUCGGCUGCCAGCAGCAUCCCUCCUCCUCCUCCGGUUCCGAAUGGGGGAUUUGAUCCGUACCCCAGGACGACCAGUAUGACGCACCGUAGCCGCUACAGCUACGCCAGCGCGAUCAGUACCAUCAACAGCCCUAGGCGAGUCCGGAGAAGAAAGGAUCCCACUCCUUUCAAUGUUCUGAUCGUCGGCACAACGAACUGCGGCAAGACCUCGUUCCUCGAGUUCCUCAAGACCGCGCUCGCCCCUCCAAGCAAGAAGCGUGCCAAGGCUGCCUCCCCCGAGCAAGACGAGAUGCCGAAGCCCUCCCCCUCUGGGACCUUCAUCCCGCACUAUCUCGAGACCGAAAUCGACGGUGAGCGCGUCGGCCUGACCCUCUGGGACUCCGAGGGCCUCGAGAAGAACGUCGUCGACUUGCAGCUGCGCGAGAUGGCCAGCUUCAUCGAGAGCAAGUUCGAGGAAACCUUUACCGAGGAGAUGAAGGUGAUAAGAUCGCCGGGGGUACAGGAUACCCACAUCCAUGCCGUCUUCCUCCUGCUGGAUCCGGCCCGUCUGGAUCGAAACAUUGCUGCGGCGAAGGCUGCCGCGGCUAACGGGCACAAUACUGGCCUGAAGUACUACAAUCAUUCUCGCAUAGUGGGCGGGCUGGACGAGGACCUGGAUCUGCAGGUUGUCAGGACGCUGCAGGGUAAGACGGUCGUGAUUCCCGUUAUUACCAAGGCCGAUACCGUUACCACGAAGCACAUGAAUAUGUUGAAGAAGACGGUUGCCGAGAGUCUGAAGAAGGCGAAGCUUGAUCCACUCGAGGCGCUGGCUGCUGCUGAUGAGGACAGCGAGGGCGACGACUCGGCUUCGAACCCGGAUAAGAUUGUGGAGGAGGACGAGGAGCAAGACACCAGAUCGCCGACUUGUGCCCCCGAGGGCGAUAGUUCCUCUGGUAAUGACACAGACCUGCCCAUCCAGGGAACGAACACACCUCCCACGUCGAAGAAGCGCCAUUCCAGUCGCUCGCCGCGUCGCCAGCAAUCCCCGGAAGACGAAGAACACGAAGCGGAAUCGAACGAAGAUGAGAUACCCUUCCUGCCCAUGUCUGUGCUCAGCCCGGAUAUGUACGAGCCGGAAGUCAUUGGCCGCCAGUUCCCCUGGGGCUUUGCCGAUCCGUAUAAUGAGCAGCACUGCGACUUUGUUCGCCUCAAGGAGACAGUGUUCAAUGAGUGGCGUGCUGAGCUGCGCGAGCUGAGCAGGGAGCAUUGGUAUGAGAGUUGGCGGACGAGCAGGCUCAAGGUUCAUGGGGGUAAGAUGGCCCAGUGA